UUGCGUCACUGCGGCGCGCCGGAAGUGACUGCUACAGUCGCUAGGCAGCCCGGAAGUUGCGGCUGUAGGGGUUUACUUUGGACUCUGACUCCCGGCUUGCGAUGGGUUGCGACGGGGGAACAAUCCCCAAGAGGCAUGAACUGGUGAAGGGGCCGAAGAAGGUUGAGAAGGUUGACAAGAAUGCUGAGUUAGUGGCCCAGUGGAACUAUUGUACUCUAAGUCAAGAAAUAUUAAGACGACCAAUAGUUGCCUGUGAACUUGGCAGACUUUACAACAAAGAUGCCAUCAUUGAGUUUUUAUUGGACAAGUCUUCUGAAAAGGCUCUUGGGAAGGCAGCCUCUCACAUUAAAAGCAUUAAGAAUGUGACAGAACUGAGGCUGUCUGAUAACCCCGCCUGGGAAGGAGAUAAAGGAAACACUAAAGGUGACAAACACGAUGACCUCCAGCGGGCACGUUUCAUCUGCCCUGUUGUGGGCUUGGAGAUGAAUGGCCGACACAGGUUUUGUUUCCUGCGGUGCUGUGGUUGCGUGUUUUCUGAACGAGCCCUGAAAGAGAUAAAAGCAGAAGUUUGUCACACGUGUGGGGCUGCCUUCCAGGAGGACGACGUCAUCGUGCUCAAUGGCACCAAGGAGGACGUGGAAACGCUGAAGAGAAGGAUGGAGGGGAGGAGGCUGCGAUCCAAGCUGGGAAAGAAAACAAAGAAACCCAAGGUGGCAGAGUCUCUCUCAAAAUCAGAUGUCAGUGAAGAAGCCCCAGGACCGUCAAAAAUGAAGACAGGGAAGCCCGAAGAAACCAGCCUUGAUUCUCAAGAGAAGAAAACCACCUUGCCUCCCAGAAGUGCAGCAGCACAGGGGAGCUCUUCCGGAAAAGCCGGGAAGCCUCCGUGUGGAGCCAUGAAGAGGUCCAUCGCCGACAGCGGAGAGUCAGAAGCUUACAAGUCCCUUUUCACAACCCACAGCUCCGCCAAGCGCUCCAAGGAGGAAUCGGCCCACUGGGUCACCCACACAUCCUACUGCUUCUGAGGCCCAGGGCGCGGCCUCGGCGCACCCCACAGCUCGGAGCCGGCGUGGCAGGGCAAGACGGGGGCUCGGUGACCCUGCCGGCCCCACCCCGUCACCCUCUCCACUCACCUCCCCCAGUGCGCGUGGACCCGCCCACGGCCGAAAGCACGCUGGCCGCACUAUUUAUGCUUAAAAUAAUUAAAGAUGCCAGAUUCCUCAUG